AUGGACACCCCCCAGGCUUCCCGCCUCUGCGCCCGGGCACAUGGUCUCCCCUUCGGUAACGCGCCCGCUCGAGGCUGCCCUCGCCCUCCCGUCCUCCAAGGUCACCCCCAUCCGCCACCCCGCCGGAGUCCCCGGCCUCGAAGGAGCGGGGACCCCGGAGACCCGGUGCCCGGCGACGGCCCGACGGCCAGCGGGCCGAAGCCGGGGCGGAGAAGGGGUCGCCACCAUGCCAGCGGACGGGUUGGGCCUGCCCGGGGACCAGGGUCGCUCCGCCCCAACCCGCCGGACGCUGCUCACCCCCCGUCUCCCCGUCCGUCGUCGUCGUCACCCGUUCUGCCCGUGUGCCCGUCUCACGGUCAGCCCCGUGUGCCCGCCGUCACGCCCUACGACUCCCCGGAGUCCCGGCAACGCCGAUGCCCAAGAGCCGGCGGCCGCCAACGGCGUGCCCGUCCGGCGGGGAGCCGCCCUGGAAACGACGUCGCCGGUGCCCGCCCCGCGACUUCGACGCCAACGGUCUCGCAGCCCAGGCUUUAUCGGUUCGUCUUUAUGGUAUCGACUGCUCACCCGCCGUUCCUCGCGCCUUAA